GCUCAAGUUCUGGACGCAUCGCCCGGGUAGUUCCUGUGUGUUCUGUUUGCGUCGCGUCGCUGUGACUGCACGGACUGAAAUAAAUACGGGUCUUUGUGGAAUAGAAUAUCGUGCGGUGACAAUGGUUUAUUAGUGGUUGGGGAGAUAAGUGAAGCAGUGCUGCGUCUAUUUUAGCCAGUGUAUGAGCCUCGAAGCCCCGGAGCCCCGACAGCAAGAUGAACCUGGCCGGCGUGCUUGGGGCAGUAACCCUGGCCUUCGCAGUCAGUGUCGCCGCCGAUAAGAACAAAUUCAUCUUCGUCCCUCCUGUGGAACUCCUGAACCAGCUGACUGAUGAAGAAAUCAGCGAGCACAUCCGAAAGGCGCCGCCCGUCCCGCCCUUGGGCACGUCCACGUACCACCUCGCAAUGCUCGCCCAAGACGAAGUUCGAGCUGCGGCCAAACUGCGCGGGCUCGUCCAGGCCAUGUUCAGCGCGCACGAGGUCCUCAGCAGGUAUUUGUCGUCUUGGGAGGAGCUCGAGGCCGCGGGCGUGGAGGCAGAAGGAUUCGCGAGCCAUCCCCUGCACGCCUACGCCCUCACCAAGCACGUGAGUCUGGGCUGGCCGCACGUAGAAGCCGCCUUACGAGCAGUAUCCAACCUUUCGCAGGAUACAGAAUGGCUGUUGUCCCGGAGUGAAAAGCACGGCGUGCCCACGGGCGAGGACUUGGCCACGGUGGCGGGGGGGCUGGCCAGGCUGCACGACUACUACAACCUCAAUCUCACCGCCCUCGCCCACGCCCAGCUUGUUUCGGCGAUCGACGCCCGUCCUGUCCCCGCCGGGAUCACGCCCUCAGUUCUCGACCUGCACCGCAUAGGUUCCGAAGCCGUGUCUCACAAUGUACUAAACUCUGGCGUGGACUUCCUGAGGGCCGCCCUGGACCACUGGGACGGCAACGCCUCCUUCGUCAAGACCUCGGACACCUUCGACCGCCCCAGGAACCUGCGCCAAACUGACCUGAAGAAAGCCGAAAAGUUUCACGACCAAGUCCUCGAGAAGAAGGGAUCGCGAUCGACCUUCCACAGCACUUACGAAAAGCCUUUCAACAAGACGUUGGCCAGGAAGAAGAAAUACCACAAGAAGGACGAGGUUGUUUUGGGGGAACUCGGAAACUCCAUCCAGGGCCUGAAGCAGUACCAACGUUUGUGUCGCGGCGAAGACCUCAGGCCAGUUGACAUAACGUCCCGCCUGUACUGCCGCUACGUGACCAACGGCUCGCCACUCUACAAGAUCGGGCCGCUGCGGAUGGAGGUGCAGUCGCUGGACCCGUACGUGGUGACGCUGGCGGAGGUGGUGACGCCCUCGGAGGCCGCCGACCUCGUCGAAGCUAGCGCCCGUUACCUCAUGAGGUCUUCCACCAUCAGAGCGAACGGAGGCUCUGUCGAGAGCUUUAUGAGGACGAGUUCGACGGCUUGGAUGUUGGACAGCGAUCUUACCGUUCUCUCGGAGCUCACUCACCGGAUCGAACAAAUAGCUGGGAUAAAUGCUCAGCAGAACCGCGGCGCAGAACUGUACCAGGUUGUAAACUACGGCGUUGGCGGCCAUUAUACCGUACAUCACGACUUUGUGCAUAGAGGACUGGUUAAUAAUCGUAUUGCAACCUUCCUCAUCUAUCUUAAAGAUGUACCACAAGGCGGGAGGACCGUCUUCCCCUGGGUAGGCACGGGUGUUCGUCCCAAGCGAGGUUCGGCGCUUCUCUGGUACAACAUGAAUCGUGCAGGACUGCCAGACCAAAGACUUCAGCACGGCGCUUGUCCCGUCCUGCUGGGCGACAAGUGGGUGAUCAACAAGUGGUUAUUCUACGGAGGCCAAUUCCACACACUCCCCUGCAAUCCCGAGAAAAAAGAUGACGUCAUAAAGCAACCCCAAGCUUGAUUGCGGUUCUUUCCUCCACAUCUGGGCUCUGUGUCACCAUACAAGUAUAGAAAUAAUAUGUUAACAAAUAAAUAUGAAAAUACAUACAUACUUAUACACGUGUGUGUGUGUGUGUGUGUGUGUGUGUGUGUGUGUGUGUGUGUGUGUGUGUGUGUGUGUGUGUGUGUGUGUGUGUGUCUACGUAAACAUUCAUUAUAAAUAUUUUCACAUUUGCAUAUAGGGCCCUUUUUGACAUUCUCUAAACCUUAUUUGUACAAAUAUGCUUGCCUGAUUCUUAUAAUACCAUGGGUCUUACUGACACAUGGUUUGCCAUGAUCAGAUUUGGUUGGCAUUGCCAAAAUACAUGCCAGAUGGGUACAUGGACAGUCAGAUGUUUCACUGCUUGCUGGUAAUUAAACAAAAAUUGAUGAUAUGUUUUGCCUGAUACGGCGCUCUCCCGGGAGGAAAUGCAGUGCAGCCGGUUUAAAUUCGGUACCAGUGCCACAAAUGGUAAGUACUUUGCGUAACUAUUGCCGGUUGUUUGAAUAAUUACAAGAUGAUUUACUGAACAUAUCACUCGUUCAUGGAAAUCUUCCAGUAAUAUAUUAUAUACGCCCAUUCUUAAUUUGUCUGAAUAAAGUUUGCUGAUCGCAGACAUAACUCAAAGACAUUUGAGAGAAAGAUAACCAGAUUUAUAAGUUGGAUUUGGAAAAUAUUCGUCUUAUUUGCUGCAAAACACAUUGAAUAUACACAAUGGUACCGAUUUCAUUGAGUAAUUUUGAAUAUUUAUAUAUUGAUUAUAUAAAUCCUAAACGUUCAGCUUCCUAAUUAUUUCUGUGAUUAUUGAGGGUUGUAAUAAAGACGUGAGUGAAAAAAGGUAAUAGGUUUUGUAAUCACUUUCACAGGUCCUGAGAAUAUAUGACUUUAGAAUAAACCCUGGUGUUAGA